AAGAGAGAGAGAGAGAGAGAGAGAGAGAAACAUUGGAUCCACAAGUAUUAUACUGUUUUCUUUCACCAGUGUCUUCUCCAGUACGUGCGCUAUAUAAAUUUUCUCGCAGAUUCCUUUCCUUUCUCCUCGAGAAAAAAAAAAGAAACCUUUUUUUCUCUUUCUCUUCACAUCUCAGUAAGUGACUCAAGACACAUAAAAAGAAUCUCUAAAGCUUCUUCUUAAACCUGUGAUCAAAGCUUUCAAUGGGACUUCGCUGCUCUAAGCUGUCUCUCUGCUGGUGGCCAACACAUCAGAAAUCAACUCUCAACGACGCUUCUGAUCUAGAAAACGGAACGGAGGAUUUGCCGUCGUUUAGUGAGUUCAGCUUCGACCAACUACGAGCUGCCACUUCAGGUUUCUCCACGGACAGCAUCGUGUCCGAACACGGCGUUAAAGCUCCCAACGUCGUGUACAAAGGCAGACUCGAAGAUGGCCGGUGGAUCGCUGUUAAGCGCUUCAACAGAUCCGCUUGGCCCGACACUCGUCAGUUUCUUGAGGAAGCAAAAGCUGUGGGGCAGUUGAGGAGUGAGAGGUUGGCGAACUUGAUUGGGUUCUGUUGUGAAGGAGAUGAGAGACUGCUCGUUGCUGAGUUUAUGCCUUUUGAAACUCUCUCUAAGCAUCUCUUCCACUGGGAUAGCGAGCCAAUGAAGUGGGCAAUGAGGGUGAGAGUGGCUUUGUAUCUUGCACAAGCACUCGAGUAUUGCAGCACCAAAGGUCGCGCCUUGUACCAUGAUCUCAACGCUUACAGGAUCUUGUUUGACCAGGAUGGUGAUCCGAGACUAUCUUGCUUCGGUCUUAUGAAGAAUAGUAGGGAUGGGAAGAGUUACAGCACUAAUCUGGCUUUCACACCUCCUGAGUACCUUAAAACAGGGAGAGUGAUUCCUGAGAGCGUGGUCUACAGCUUUGGAACGCUGUUGCUAGAUCUUCUCAGUGGCAAACACAUACCACCAAGCCAUGCGCUUGAUCUGAUUCGUGGGAAGAACUUCAUGAUGCUAAUGGACUCGGCUCUUGAAGGUCAUUUCUCUAAUGAUGAUGGAGCCGAUUUGGUUCGCUUAGCUUCCCGUUGUUUGCAGUAUGAAGCUCGUGAAAGGCCUAAUGUGAAAUCUCUUGUGACCUCACUCGCUCCUCUUCAGAAGGAAACUGAUGUAUGCGCACACACUAAGUCAAUGUCCUUUCUUCAUAUAUUGCGACUCUCAUCUUCUUAUUAUGUUAUCUUUAUUGUUUUUCUUCAGGUUCCUUCCUAUGUCUUACUAGGGAUUCCACAUGGAGCUGCUUCUCCGAAGGAAGCAACUUCGCUGACACCUUUGGGAGAUGCUUGUUCAAGACUUGAUCUCACCGCGAUUCAUGAGAUUCUUGAAAAAGUGGGGUACAAAGACGAUGAGGGCAUAGCAAAUGAGCUCUCGUUCCAAGUGUGGACCGACCAGCUUCAGGAGACUCUAAAUGCCAAGAAACAAGGAGAUGCUGCGUUCAAAGGCAAAGACUUUGUCACUACCAUUGAAUGUUACACGCAGUUCAUCGAAGAUGGGACAAUGGUGUCGCCAACUGUUUUUGCAAGGAGGUGUUUGUGUUAUCUGAUGAGCAACAAGCCUCAAGAGGCUCUUGGUGAUGCAAUGCAGGCGCAAGUAGUGUCUCCUGAGUGGCCAACGGCUUUCUAUCUCCAGGCUGCUGCUCUCUUCAGCCUUGGAAUGGAUAAAGACGCUUGUGAAACCUUAAAAGAUGGAACUUCCUUGGAAGCAAAGAAACAGAAUAACAGAAACUGAAAGCUUUAAGUGUAUAGGUUUCUUCUCUCUCUUUCGUUUUCUGAAGAAAAGCCUCAUUGUCUUUUGUUUUUAUCAAGCAUUUGAGCUAGCUCGUGCUUAAAUUGUGAGUUCCAAUUUGAAGAGAUGAUUCAAAAUUCAAAUAUGAUUUGAAUCAAGAAAAGAAGGAUCUUUCUCAUUAAUGUCCAAGAUCAAUAACUGCUAGUGACUU